AUUGGACGUUGGGUGUUGAAAGCGGGUUAUAUUGUUGGUUUCGUCGUAGUCGUUGGUUAACACUGGAACAACUGCCAAAUAUGUUUUAUAAGCCGGAAGAAAUCGAAGCUGUCAAUGUACCAGAUAUAGGAAACCUUAUGCAACUAGAUCCUUGGUUGGAACCAUAUAAAUACGAAAUAAAACGAAGAUAUAAAUGCUUCUUAGAUCAUCUGAAGUGGAUAAAUGACGUUUGCGGUCUGGAGGAAUUUACCCAGGGUUACAAAGAGUUUGGAAUACAUGUACAUGCUGAUGGAUCAAUAUACUCCAAGGAAUGGGCUCCAGGGGCUAAGGAGUUAUACUUACGUGGAGAUUUCAACAACUGGCAGGAGUUUACUCAUCCAUUCAGGAAUGUUGGUUUUGGCAAGUGGGAGCUAACCAUACCAUCUGUUGAUGGCACAUCUGUGAUAGAGCAUCUUUCGAAGAUCAAGCUAUUGGUUGUAGCUCAAGAUGGUCGUCGACUUGAUAGGCUAAGUCCAUGGGCUCCAUAUGUGAAAUGCUUUGAGGGUAACAUAAUAUAUGACCAAGUUCUAUAUAACCCUCCUGAGAGGUAUAUAUUCAAACAUCCACAUCCUCCACGACCCAGGAGUCUUCGGAUAUAUGAGUGCCACAUUGGUAUUUCAUCCUCCGAGCCAGUUGUCGCUUCUUACACCCAUUUCAAGGAUAAUAUACUCCCUCGAAUCAAGGACUUGGGAUACAAUGCAAUUCAAAUAAUGGCGCUUAUGGAACAUGCCUAUUAUGCUUCUUUCGGAUACCAGGUGACCAGUUUCUUUGCAGCAUCUAGUCGCUUUGGCACUCCAGAGGAGCUACGAGCUUUGGUUGAUGAAGCACACCGACUUGGCAUAGUAGUUCUUCUAGAUGUUGUUCAUAGCCAUGCCUCUAAGAAUACCAAUGAUGGUCUUAACCAGUUUGACGGUACAGAUGCUUGUUACUUCCAUGACAAAGGCCGUGGGACUCAUGACUUAUGGGAUUCGCGUCUUUUCAACUACACACAGUUAGAGGUACUUCGGUUUCUCAUGUCAAAUUUACGUUGGUGGAUUGAGGAGUAUGGUUUUGAUGGUUUCCGUUUUGAUGGAGUUAUGUCUAUGCUCUACCAUCACCACGGUUUGAUGACAAGUUUUUCUGGUCAUUAUGGUGAAUAUUUUGGCCUUUCUGUAGAUACAGAAUCAUUUACUUAUUUGAUGCUGGCUAACCAUUUUCUACACCAGAAGUAUCCAUUCGUCAUUACGAUAGCUGAGGAAGUCAGUGGGAUGCCUACUUUAUGUCGUCCAGUUUCCGAAGGUGGUGGUGGGUUUGAUUAUCGAUUGGCAAUGGCUAUUCCUGACAAAUGGAUCGAGCUUUUAAAGAAAUAUAAAGAUGAAGACUGGAACAUGGGUGAUAUCGUGCAUGCACUAACAAAUCGACGUUAUGGUGAAGCAAACAUUGCCUACGCUGAAUGUCAUGAUCAAGCUUUGGUUGGUGAUAAGACUAUAUCGUUCUGGCUUAUGGAUAAAGAAAUGUAUUAUAGUAUGAGCACAUUAAGUCCACCAAAUUUAAUUAUUGAUCGUGGUAUUGCAUUGCAUAAGCUGAUACGCUUUAUAACGCAUACCUUAGGUGGUGAAGGUUAUCUCAACUUCAUGGGUAAUGAGUUUGGUCAUCCUGAAUGGCUAGAUUUCCCGAGAGCCGGCAACAAUUGUUCAUAUCAUUAUGCUCGUCGUCAGUGGAACCUUGUCGAUGAUCCAAUGUUGCGUUAUAAAUAUCUAAACAAUUGGGAUAAAGCUAUGCAACAUUUAGAAGAAACUUAUGGUUGGCUGGCUGCUCCACAAGCGUACGUUAGUAGGAAAAAUGAAGGUGAUAAAGUCAUUGCUUUUGAACGUGCUGGCGUUUUAUUCGUCUUUAACUUUCAUCCCACACAAAGUUUCACGGACUACAAAAUUGGAGUUGAAACAUCUGGACGAUAUCACAUUGUUUUGGAUUCAGACCAACAACAAUUUGGUGGUUUCAGUCGAAUUGACCAAGCUGUUGAAGUAUUUACCCACAGUGAACCGUGGGAUUGUCGUCAAAACUGCGUAUUUCUCUACUUACCGAGUCGUACUUGUAUGGCUUUGGCAUGGGAGUAACUAAGGUUUUCCUCCAUCAUGUAAUGGUAAUAACACCUCAUUGUAAUUAGACUAAGUCACUGUUAUCUCUCGUGAUUGGUCAUAUAAUUACAUUUUAGUCGUAAUCACCGGUGGGACAUUGUGCUGUCGCAUACGAGUUUACUGAUGUAUUUCUCGUCUUUUUUUCAUCACUUGAAGUUAUUUUUUGUAGAAACUUUACUAUUAGUCCAUGACUUUCAUUGGAUGAAAUUGUCCAUUUCAUUUUGUCUUCAUCACAUUUUUGUAGUUGUUAAGAGCAAUUACAUUAUUUUGACAAUCAUUUAGUGUUUUCAUCACUUCCACAUUUAAAGUAUUUACAUAAUUCUCGGGGUUUUUAUACAAACUUCUAGUUCAAACAUAUAUUUUUUGUUCGUAUGCAUGUAAAAACUCCUUGUGAAUGCUUGCCAACAAGAUUUAUCUGUGAAGUUGGUCAAAUCCUUUGAGAUUCGAAUGUAUGUUGUUCAACAUUUAGUUAGGAUCGUUCUAAAAAUUGUAUUACAGCACUAUGUGUCAAAACACUUUCUUUCGUGAUGCGUAGUAUUAGUAUCAGCUAAAGUAGGCUUAGUUGUGACAGAUACUAAGGGGUGUUUUAUUUCUCACUUAAAAAGUAAAUCAGUUAUAGCAUAGGCACCAAGAAAUAUAACUACUUUUGCUGCCAUUUA